AUGCAGACUUUCGUGCUCUGGAUUUUGUGCAGCCUUGUGCUCGGUGCACUUGCACUUCCAGCCGACAAGGACCAAGCUCCCAACAAUGACGGUGGUAGCCCAGCAAGCAAGAAAGAUGGAGGAGUGGCGGUAAAGAAACGUUCGCCGCUCAUGAUGCCGGGAAUGGGCGGACUCGGAAGUAUGGGUGAUCUUGGUGGUCUUGGAGGCGGAGGUCUGGGCGGUCUCAGUGGUGGUGGUUUGGGUGGCGGUGGUAUCAGCGGCCUUGGUGGUGGCCUGGGAGGCCUUGGCGGUGGAAUGCCGAACCUGCUCUCGAUGGCCAACCCCUCCUCCUCCUCUACCUCUUCUGGAGCGGACACUUCCCCCCUCUCGGGUCUGAUGGGUAUGGGCGGGCUGAGCGGUAUUGGCAACCUUGGCAACGCGGGCAAAUUCGCCAGCUCUCUCUCUACCACGCCCGACACCACCAGCCCCUCACCCAACGACCCUCCCGCCUCCUCCUCCACGCCAGGGUGUCCACCUUUAUACCUCAUCUUCGCGCGAGGCACGGCCGAGAUCCAAGGCACAUUCGGCAUCGUCGGACGCCCUCUCUGCACCGGCCUCCAGCAAGCAAUUCCAGGCACGCUCUGCUACGACACCGUCUACACCUCCGAUGCCGAAUACAUGGUAUCACCCGGCAUCGGCGCCAACACCGCCUCGCGCUUCAUCGCCAGCAUCGCCGCCAAAUGUCCCACUACAAAGUACGCCCUUGCUGGGUACUCCAAGGGCGCAAUGGUGGUGCAUCAGAUACGCGCAAAGAACGUCGUGGCUGCCGUCACGUUCGGAGACCCACUCAAGAUGCAAGCUGUCCAGAGCACUAAUGAUGUCAAGACAUUCUGCAAUCUAGGCGACCCCGUGUGCGAGAACGGCAUGAUGAUCAUGGCACAUAUGACGUACAGCAUGCAGGAUAUCCCGCAGGCGGUCCAGUUCAUCGUCCAGGCAUUCAAGUCGUCCGGAACAGCCACGAGGCGAAAGCGCCACCCGCGCCGAAGGCAUGCAUCGCACGGUGCUGGCCCGUAG